GCUCCUCAUCCUCUCGGGGCAGUCGAGCUUGUUCGAGACGCCAGCAUCCGCGAGAGAGCAGAGAACCACCUGAGCGCUCUCGGCCUCUCGCGCCACCAGCAGCUGGACGGCCUCGUCCAGCAGUUCCGCGCGGCCACGGCGAACGGCGACAAGGUGGGAGGUGGAAGCUCACGCGCCAGCUUUGCCAUGUGCACAGCCCAUGGCACAAGACGAGGUGGAGGCCACGGGGAAGGCAAGGGCCAUCACGCAUCCCCAGCUCGCCGUGGUGCGCGCACACGACAUCGUGCCUGCUGACAUCGUGCCUGCUAGGCCCACCACGCCGCGGUCCGGGCGUCAGACACAUCAGAGCGCGCUUCCCGAGCUGGAGCCUGUGCGAGUGCUGGGAUUCAGUGAGGCGAGCACGAGAUGGGAGCGGGGGAGCAGAUCGAGCGGCCGCACCCGAUGGAACUGGAGGCGGGGAACAUGAGCAAGAAGAUGAACAGCGCGGCGCGGGAGCCACUGAAGACAGUCUCCGACCUCUCUACGCUGCUGAAAAAAAAACAAGUCCUUGAACCUUGCUUGCAAAAUCUAUGAGCCAUUGGAUACGGAGGGGAAAGGCACGCACCGAAUCUCGCUCCUUAUCCCGAAGGUGGGAGGAACUGACAGCAUCUCCAGCAGAUUGCUUAUCCUCUCCACAAUAUAAAAAAACUAUCAUUUAGGGGAUAGAAAUUGCACCCAAUACCAAAUUUUUUUUGGCAAUCGCCAAAAACAAUGCCCUCUCUCCCCUAUCCACCGUUUCUUUUGGCGCGGGGAUAUUUCCCCGUCCCGCGCCGCCGCUCGCCUCUCUCCGUCCCGAGCGCCGCUGCUCGCCCUGCUCCAUCCCCGCGCCGCCGCUCGCCUUGCUUCGCCCUAGCACCACCCCACACUCUGGAUCGAGAGCCUGCUCAUCUGAAUCGACCUCGGGACUGAACGCCCUUGAUCUCCCCCCAGACUACAGGCAAGAUGAGUUCACUUCUUGAUAUGUUUUUUGACGAUGAGUCCGGAUGAUGACUUGGAGAUGGCAGCAGUUUUGAUUGCCGAGAUGGAGGAGAUGGAUAGCAACAAGUGGCACAAGUAUGGUGGUUCCGUGCCAGGGCGUGUGGUGGUUCGUUGGAACAAGCAGCAAGGCCAUGAAAAGCUCUUUGAUGAUUACUUUGCAGAUGACCCGGUGUUCGGUCCGGUCACUUUCAGACGACGGUUCAGAAUGUCCAAAGAGCUGUUUUUGUGAAUUGCAGCAGCUGUGGAAGCUCACUGUCCAUACUUCAAGCAGAAAAGGAAUGCUGCUGGGGACCUUGGACAUAGUGCUCUGAAGAAGAUUACGGCAGCACUGCACAUGCUCGCUUAUGGUGUCCCUGCUGAUAGUCUUGAUGAUUGGCUUCACAUUGCAGAGAGUACCACCAUUCUGAGUUUGAAGAAGUUUGUGAAAGCUGUAAUUGAGAUCUUUGGGCAGCAGUACUUGCGAGCACCAACUGAAGAGGACACUGCAAGGCUUGUGCAAAUGGGUGCAGCAAGGGGGUUCCCGGGUAUGCUUGGAUGCAUUGAUUGCGUGCACUGGCAGUGGAAGAAUUGUCCCGCGGCAUGGCAUGGGCAAUUCACUGGGCAUUGUCAUGAUCCAACAAUCAUUCCUGAGGCUGUUGCAUCGGAGGAUCUAUGGAUUUGGCAUGCAUACUUUGGGUUGCCUGGCUCUCACAAUGACAUCAACAUCCUGCAAAGAUCUCAUUUGUUUGCACGGUUAGCUGCUGGGGAAGCUCCGCCAGUGAACUUUGAAGUCAAUGGUCACCAUUACACAAUGGGCUACUAUCUUGCAGAUGGCAUAUAUCCUUCAUGGUCCACAUUUGUCAAGAUAAUUAGUAAACCUCAGGGUAACAAGAGAGUUUAUUUUGCCCAGGCUCAAGAAGCAGCUAGGAUGGACAUUGAGAGAGCAUUUGGGGUGCUGCAACCAAGGUUUGCAAUUGUUCGCAUGCCUGCACGAUUUUGGGACCAAAAGACCCUAUGGCGUAUCAUGACAGCCUGCGUGAUUAUGCACAACAUGAUAACAGAGGAUGAGAGAGGUCAGCCGGAAGACUUUAUGAGCAUGUGGGAACAACUGUGGACCCAGAGAAGGAUAAAGACCGUAUCAAGAGAUUUCUCGAAGUGCAUCGCAAGAUUGAAGACCGAGAGACACAUGAUCAACUCCGCGACGACCUUGUUGAGCAUUUGUGGCAGCGUCUUGGACAAUAGAUUUCUUCCUUUUGUUUUGGGAUAGUUAGCUUCCUUCAUUUUGAAGGAUCAUUUCUAUUUGCAUGUAUUUCUAAUCUGUAUGUCAAGAUACAUUCAGAUAUGAAGGGACAGUUCAAUAUGUGGAUUGAGCCUUCUCAUCUCAUGAUAGAUUUUGUUGUGUGUGCAUUCUGA